AUGGAAACUCUACUUUUCACAUGUGGAAACACGGUUAACUAUUCUUAUAAAAACAUACUUCAAAAGGAGGAGGUUCUCAAAGCCCAAGUUAUGAGCUUGGGAGAUGUUUUGAACAAGUUUUUUGGAGAAUCAGACGAAAGGAAACGAGAGAGAGAUGAAGAUGAGGUUAUAAAAUCAUUGUAAGUGCAUGGAAAUCCUUAAUUUGGCAGGGGGGGGGGGGUGCUAUUUCAAAUAUCCCAGUCAGUACUUUGUAUAAAGGUAGAUGAAUACCAUUAAAUUCAAGUUCCACUCCCCCCUGUGAGAAUAGGUAGAUAUGUAAUAUAGGUAUCAAAAAGACAUGGUGGUGUUGAGCCAACGAUACACAGGUUCAAAUUUGAUUUUCACUGCUGCAACCAUUAUUAACCAAGCAGAUGACUAUUACCAUUAUAAAAAUCAAAUCAUUUCUGGGGGGUGCACACCCCCCCCAAAAAAAAAAUCUGUGCCUGCCUACAUGUAAACUAACCAUGCAGUAAAUUCGUACAGGUCCCUAGCCGCAUGUGAAACCAAACACAAGAUAUUAUUGGAAUGUUAUAAAACCAGCUGGGUUGGAGGUUGUCAAACGGAAAUGGACAGUUUUUGGAAAUGUGUCAAUGAUCAUAAGGUACAUACCUGUACAUUUUACCUUACGAAAAAAGUCUAUAGGUGGCCUAUAGGAAAUGUUCCAAUUCCCUAUAUAGAAGCCUUUAGGCACCCAUAAAACUCUAUAGGGAUUCCUAUAUGUCACCUAUAGAAAUUUUCCUAUUGCCUAUAAAAACCUAUAGUUUCCUAUAGGAACCUAUAGGUUGGCCAGUAAGGCCAGUAUAGACUUUUUUGUAAUUAUUUUAAUUUUGUAAAAGUUGCCAAUCCUUGAACAGAGGUUUGUUUGUGCCGGUAACAAACAAAGCACCAUGCAUUAACACAAAAUUAAGCAGCCAUUAACACCAGGCUUUGAUGGCUUGAUAGCUCCAUAAGUUUUUUAAUCAUUAUAAUACUUGUUUGCCAGUAACUAUAUAGUCUAUAUAGGUUUAGAAAAGUUAGCUAAGUCAUUCUUUCUCUAAAUUCUGAUCAACUAUAAAGUUUUGAAUUGGAGUAUAAUUAGGCCACUUAAUUAUACUAUGGAGGUAGCGUCAAGCCGGGUUCACAUAUGCCUGUGGUAUGCCUGCGCUGUCAUUGUUUACAGCUGUUGAUGCAUACAUUUUUUUGUGAAUUAUUUGGUUGAACUGCUAACGACAAUAGCCCACCAACAUACUGCAGGUAUAUGUGAACCUGAAGCUUAAUUAACUCCUGCACCCAUGAAGUAAGGUAUUGUUAUAUAAAAGUAGCUACAUGGAGUGUAAAUUAAUGCAAAAAAUAUGAAAAAGUUCCAGUUGCUUCUUUUAUAACCUCCUGAGAUGGUCAAAAAUUUUGAUGGUUACAUAGUACACUAUUUUUGUAGGCAGUUCUGAAAGAGAAGGCAAGGAAUUACCAAAAGAACAUUAUGCAGCAAAACUCUGAACAAAAUGAAACUGCUGAAGAGAUUUAAGAUCAUAAUUGUGGUGGUAAAAAUAUUUUGAUGUUGGGUUGAUUUUCUUCAAGGCAAUAUUUUUUCAUGCAAAAUGAAGUGGUCUCAUAGACUUUAGGAGGUGGGUAGAAAAGUUGGACCAGGUUGCUAGUCGGAAUAAAGCUGACCCUAACCUCUUUUGCCUAACCCAAUGCAGACUAGAGGUCUGGUCCAACUUUUAUACCCGCCUGUUUUAGGAAAAUUACAAUUGCUAUUGGUGGAUUGGGCAAAAAUACAAUACACACGUGACGGCGAAGGACCAGAUUUAUGAAUAAACGUUGACUAACAUAGAUAAUGAGUUAUAUUGUUAUUCUAAUGAGUUCACUGAUCUGUAUUCACAGUCAUCUUACCUUCGAUAGGCUAUAGUCAAUCUAAACAGUCAAAGUUAUGACAUCAUGCGUGUUGAAUUAGGUGCAAACACUAAAUGUUGUAAAUAAAUUCUUCGGGGAAUGGGGCGGAAUUUUGGAAUGGCAAAUUCUUUGUAGAAUAUGGAAUUUUUUGUUCACUGCUCAACAAAACAAGGAUUUUUUUUAAAAUGUGAUGUGGAAUACGUAAUUUUCAGUUCUAAGAAUUUAAUGCGGAAAUUUUCAACGUGAAUUUUUGCGUGGAAUUUUUCAGCUCAAAAAUUCCGCCCCAUUGCCCAAUAACUUUAUUUCCUCGGCCAGGAUGUUAUGUUAUCAUCCCACUAUGUGUGUCUGUGUGGGUGUCUGUCGACACAAUAAUUAAAAAAAAUAUCAAACGAAAAUCUGUGGUACUAAAUAACUAAUGAUAAUGGACAUUGGACAUUGCCCAAAGACAAAUUGAUUUCAUUUUGGGUGAAUUUGGAUGAGAAAUGGACUUAUGGGCUACGGGCCAUGGCUAUGAACAAAAUAAAAUAAUUAACAAAAUUUUGAUCUAGAUAAGUCUAGACAAAAAUUUCAUCACGGCUUGAAAGAGCAUCACAAAAUUAGUAAUAUUCCGAAAUUUCGUUGCGAAAUGUUGCAAAUUCGGA